AUGCCCUCCCACCCCCCCAACUCAACGCCUGCAUUUGGGAGAUUCUGCGCAAUUUACCCUCCUGUGGCCGAGACGCCGUCGCGGAUCUCGGCCGGCGACGACGUCGGCAGCAGGUUCGUGCCCCGCCGAGACGGAGCUCAGUAUCUUCCCAGUGGGCGACGCACCACACGGUGCGCGCAACUCUGUCGAACCCUGAAAACGUUUACGUCACAGCGUUGGCUUCCGGACUUGCACCCGCUGUACGAAGAAAAAGAAAUGUACGCUGGCAACGUUAGGAGCGCCUGCAGGUCGUUCUCGGCGGGGCCCAGGGAUUGUAUCGGCAAGACGCUCGAGUACGUCAAGAUGCGGCUCAUUGCGGCUAGGAAGAUUUGCAACUCUGACGUGCAGUUGCUGCCUGGGUAG